AUGGGGGAGGAGACGCACCAGAGGGUGCAGGAGCUGGCGGCGUCGCUGUGCGCGCUACCGCCGGAGUUCGUGCGGUCUGAGCACGACCAGCCGGGCGCGACCACGUACCGCGGGGCCGCCGCGCCGGACGCGCCGGUGAUCGACAUGUCGGAGCCCGGGUUCGGCGCGCGCAUGGCCGUAGCCGCCAGGGAGUGGGGGCUGUUCCAGGUGGUGAACCACGGCGUGCCCUCCGCGGCGGUGGCCGAGCUCCAGCGCGUCGGGUGGGACUUCUUCGCGCUGCCGCGGGAGGAGAAGGAGCGCUACGCCAUGGACCCGGCGUCGGGCAAGAUCGAGGGCUACGGCACCAAGCUGCAGAGGGACCUCGAGGGCAAGAAGACGUGGAACGACUUCUUCUUCCAAGUCGUCGCGCCGCCGGAGAAGGUGGACCACGCCGUCUGGCCCGAGAGCCUCGCCGUCGCCGGGUACAGGGAGGCGAACGAGGAGUACUGCCGCCACAUGCAGCGCCUGACGCGCCAGCUGUUCGAGCACCUCUCGCUGGGGCUCGGCCUCCACGAGGGCGCCAUGGCGGAGGCGUUCGGCGGCGACGGCCUGGUGUUCCUGCAGAAGAUCAACUUCUACCCGCCGUGCCCGCAGCCAGAGCUCACGCUCGGCGUCGCGCCGCACACCGACAUGAGCACGCUCACCGUCCUCGUGCCCAACGAGGUGCAGGGCCUCCAGGUCUUCAAGGAUGAUCAGUGGUACGACGCCAAGUACGUGCCGGACGCGCUCAUCGUCCACAUCGGCGAUCAGAUCGAGGCAAGCAUUUUCAGCAACGGAACGUACAAGGCGGUGCUGCACCGUACGACGGUGAACAAGGAGAAGACGCGGAUGUCAUGGCCGGUGUUCGUGGAGCCGCCGGGGGAGCUCGUCGUCGGGCCGCACCCGAAGCUGGUCACGGACGAGAGACCGGCCAAGUACAAGGCCAAGAAGUACAAGGACUACCAGCACUGCAAGAUCAACAAGCUCCCCAUGUAA